CUCAAAGGGCAACCAGCAGCAGCAGCCCUGUCUCACUCCACCGCUCUCCUAGGAUGGUGGUAGAGCGCCCGGCCGCUGCCCGCAGGACUCCGCCGCGAUGAGCCCCUCUGACUCCGAAGAAGUGGGAGCUUGAGGGGUGCGGAGGAGGAGACUGUCCCUUUCCUCUGUUUCUGCCCCCGCGCAGCAUCCGAAUCAAAGCCAACCAAGUUCCUCGCGGAAAGGAGCAGAAGUCAGCAUGACCGCCAUAGCGGUGCAGGCCCAGUGGCUACUUGCUCACAGAAGACCAACAAGAUCAUUUUUUGAGACGUUUAUCAGAAGCCUAAUUAUCCUCUGCGUUGCAAUAGCAAUAGUGCUGUCCUCCAUUGCAGUGUGUGAUGGCCACUGGCUUUUUGCCAAAGGAAAGCUCUUUGGAUUGUGGCACUUCUGCACAGUUGGAAACAAUAGCGCCCUGAAAUGUGCCACUAACCUCACUUUGGCCAACAUCAGAGGGAUAAAUGUAGGCAUGACUUUUGCAAGAAGCUUGGCAUCUUUUGCUGUUGUCAUAGCAAUCUUUGGCCUGGAACUUCUCAUGGUGUCCCAAGUCUGCGAAGACGUCAACUCCAGGAGAAAGUGGUCGAUGGGAUCAAUCCUAAUUCUUCUCUCAUUUCUGCUCUCAUCUGCUGGAGUUUUGAGCUUCUUAAUCCUUCUGAGGGACUACAUCACUUUCAUGGGGUUCACAUUAACCUAUUGGUGUGAAUUUAUUGCUGCCUUCCUUUUCUUCCUUAACGGAAUCAGUGGACUUCACCUUAACAAUAUAACGUUUCCAUGGAACAGAAUGAGAAAAAAUUAAGAAUGAUGAACAUGAGCUUCACCAGAUGUACAGAAAGUAUACUGAGGCAGUAUAAAGGGAGACCAAGGUUUUGAAAGGGAGGCCAAGUUUUCAUAGAGUGCAUUAAGAUAAGCCAUUUGCAAUGGAAUACCACUCAGAGGAUUUCUCCAAGAUCAGCUCAUAAUGGAUGCUGCAUACUGGAAGUUGGAUUUUAAAUAAUGUAACUUUCCAUAGAAAUGGAAUAGCAAAUGCUUGGUUUGUUUAAUUUAAAACUCAUUUAUUUAAAGCAAAGUCCCAGGGAAAUCAACAAGAUUUCUUAGUCAUGACAAACCUGGUCUGUUGGUCUUAAUAUUUAAGUCACACUGUACUGUAACUCAGUUGAGGUUCUUAGAUUUAUUAAUCAAGAGCCCGAAAUCAGGUCACAACAAAGUUGUGAUUUAGUCUCAUUAAAACCAGUGGGCCAAGUUUGUCGUGUGACUAAGAAAUCUCAUUGGAGUCAUAUUCAGUAUCUGAGUGGGGAAAGACAUUCACUGUGUAAAUUUGCUUAGUCUUUUUCACAAAUCUCCAUUAUUUUAUUUUUACACAUCAGUUAGAAUCGGAAGAAACAUUUGCCCUAUGCAGGAUGAUGAGCAAUGCUAAGCAGAGUUUCACCUCCCAAUAAACUCAAGUAAUUUGCAUUCCAGCCUAGCCUAUUUAAAACCAUUAUUAGGGCUUUGUUCCUUUUUGCUUCUGUCAUGAGACGAUAUGUGAUUUAUAUACCGUUUUAUCAGACCGGUUUUACAUUAUGGAGUAUAAUGCUCUCAUUUGAACUGUACCUGCAACAAAGCUAUUUAUGGUAGCAGUUUAAUUUCAAUUGUAUUGUGUCUCACUGCUUCCGGCGUCUCCUUUAGCCAUUUUCUAGGCAAAGGGUAGGAAACCAGUAGCCCUCCAUAUGUUUUUGGACUCAGAUUCCCAUCAGCCGCAGCCAGUAUGCUCGCUGCCCAGGAAUGUUGGGAGAUGUACUCCAACAAUAUCUGGAGGGCCACAAGUUCCAAGUCCUUCCAAUGGCAGCCCAACCACCUCUUCCACUCUACUUUGAGAUCUCUUCCUUUACCUGCAAAGGAAACGGCUUAAAAAGGGGAAACACAGAAAGACAUGCUGCUGGAAAUUGACAUAGACAAGUUGACUGUGGUAAUGACUAGGGAUGUGAAGGCUCAGAAAAAAACUGAAAAAAUGGGGGGGGCUGGGUAACAGUUUCUCCCCCCCCCCCAGUUUUCCCAUUUCCCCCGACCCAGGCCUGCACAUCUCUGGUCAUGACAAAGCUGCUUGACUGAUUUGGACAAUGGAACCAACUACCUAGAGAGGUAGUAGGCUCUCUGACACUGGAGGCAUUCAAGAGGCAGCUGGACUGCCAUCUGUCAGGAAUGCUUUGAUUUGGAUUCCAGCAUUGCUCAGGGGGUUGGAUUUGAUGGCCUUAUAGGCCCCUUCCAACUCUACUAUUCUAUGAUUCUAUGAUUUUAACCACAGUCAAGGUUUUAUGCUUAACAACUCCUGUGGAUGCAUUUGAAAGCCAAAAUCACACAUGCAUUAUUCACAUAUGUGAUCACUAUAUGAUUGUGUAUAUGAGAUUUUAAUAGGAACUUCCUUAAGACUUCCACCUUUAUUUUGUCCAUGUUGAUGGACAGCAACCCACAGAAUCAAAAUGCUUUAUAUAUAGGUUGCUUUAAUCUGCCACAUGACUGGAAUUUAUGCUAUAGGACUUAAUAUGAUAUCUGAUUAUUGUUUCUUUAUUCACAAAUAAUGAGCAUGACCCCUGUCAUCUCUAUCUUAGGGCAAGCAUUUCUAAGGAGAAGUAUUAUUCUUUUCUUUUCCUGUUACAUGAUUCCACAAUCUCAUUACGUGGCAAGAUGGGUUAGAAUGAGUUCAAUUAUAAAAGAUCCACAACACUAUUUGUGCUGGAGCUGAAGAGCUGAAUUGCAUAGCUUAGCAGCCACAAAGUCACUUUGCAGCUGAGAAGCAGAGUUAUCUGUCUAAUAUUAUAUUGCUCAAGAGGUCUUUGCUGUGGGGAUUUAAUGAGGGGGGACGGACAAACCCUUCCCUAUAGUCUAGAGAUGAUCUUUCCUAACAUCAUCACUCACUAACUCUAUACACAGUCCUGAGAGAACAGGAUGUAGAUCAGAGAAUGCUGUGCUUAGAAGAUUGUCAGUUUCACUUCCGUCUUAUCAAAAUCACAGGAAGAGAAGUUCCUGCUCUCUCUUGCUGUCUCUGGAAACAGCCAUUCAAACUGGGAAUGUUGGUUCAAAUUCUCUUCCUCUUCUUCUUCUUUUAAAUAAACCCUUUAAUAAAAAUGCUUCAAGUUUUUAGUUUGGGAUUCUGGAAUGAUCUAGUUUAUGGCUGUGUACGCAUUACGAGCUUGGGAUACAGCUAGGUCAUUCUUUUUCUCAAUUCAGAUGGAAGCUCGUUUAGAGGAAAAUGCAUCAAAAUCCAGAAUUCCAUAAGAAACAACAGGAUAGAUACAGCUUAUGGCUAACAUCAUGUGUACACUAUUUCCCAAGCAAGUGGUGGGAGCACACUGGAUGCAGAGUAAACAGAAGUAUGUACACAGCUCAUAUCCGCUGGCAGGAUUAUUUCUAAAAUUCAUGCAGGGGCACAUGUAACAAAUAUCUUGAUCUCUGUAGUUCUGUAUGAACUGACAAUUGUUUCUUGGUAAAACAACAACUAUAACACCCUAAAGCACCACCUUUUCCCCAGUGUAGCAAUUUUGUGAAUAUGCUAGAGAGAAAUUAUAUCUUCAUAUGCUCAAGAUCCACAUAAGGCUGGCCUAUGAGAGGCUGGUCAAUGCCAUGUGCAUUCAUUCAACAUUUCUCCCCCUCCCCCCAAAAAAAAUACUUUGCUGAAACGGUGGCCAAUUGCCCACAGGUGGUGUACACAUUCUAGCUUAGCUGUAAAAUGGAAAAGGCUGGUUUAUGCAAACUCUGAUCAGAAACAUUAACAUGUGGACAAGCCCUCAACAAGACUGUAAGCCAGCCUUUCCCAACCAGUGUGCCUCCAAAUGUUGUUGGACCACAAUUCCCAUCUUUCCUGACCACUGGCAA